AUUCUUCGUCAGCAGCAUCAACAUCGUCAUCAUCAUCAUCAUCAUCUGCAUAUCAAAAGGUCAUAACAAAUUACUUUGUCGUGUCACUGGCCAUGGCGGAUAUGCUGGUUGCCCUCUGUGCAAUGACAUUUAAUGCGUCUGUGGAGCUGUCCGGUGGCAAAUGGAUGUUCGGACCGUUCAUGUGUAAUGUUUACAACAGUCUGGAUGUUUACUUUUCGACAGCCAGUAUUUUGCAUUUGUGUUGCAUCUCGGUGGACAGAUACUAUGCCAUUGUCCGGCCCCUGGAAUAUCCACUGAAUAUGACACACAAAACCGUUUGUUUUAUGCUGGCCAAUGUCUGGAUACUGCCCGCUCUCAUCUCCUUUACGCCAAUAUUUUUGGGUUGGUAUACAACGGCUGAACAUUUAGAGGAAAUAUCCCAGAAUCCCGAUCAAUGUUCCUUUGUGGUGAACAAAGCCUAUGCCCUAAUAUCCAGUUCGGUUAGUUUUUGGAUACCCGGCAUUGUGAUGUUGGUUAUGUAUUUUCGUAUAUACAAAGAGGCAGUACGUCAACGGAAGGCCUUAAGCCGCACUAGUUCCAACAUUUUGCUAAAUAGUGUACAUAUGGGCCAUACACAACAGCCCACCAAUUUGAAUUAUUUACAUCCCAGUGAAUGUGAAUUAACCCUAACGAGAGAAGAGACUCAUAGUGCCAUAAGUCAUUUUGAGGAGAUACCACAAACCGAUGACGAUGACAAAGAUGAAUGCGAUGAGUUACGGGUGCCCUCACCACCACCCAGACGUCUUAGCCGUAGUAGUAUUGAUUUACGUGAUCUCGAACAGGAACGUUAUGAAAAGGUGACCCACACCGAUAGUGCACCCUCAAUGAUAGCAUUACACUAUGCGGCCACAAGCAAUAAUGCCACACAGCAGCAGCAGCAAUUACAAGUGCCCUGCACCAAUAAGGAUCUCAUCAAUUAUAAUCCGCAAAUUUGGCAGGAUAUGAAAAAUGACUCACCCUUACAGCAAAGCAUUGCCAUACCCAUACCUCAGGUGAAUGGGAAUGGUAAUGGCGGUGGUGGUGGCGGCAACGGUGUUAAACAAUUUACAAAUGCCUCUGCCUCCAGUAGGGAUUCUCUACGCCGGCAGCAGGAUUCAAAUUUCUAUAGAAACUCUGGUUGUGAUUCCGAUCAAUACCACAGCAUAUUUGGUGGUAGCGGUGGCAGUGAUUGUGGCCGGGGACAUUUCCACAGUGAUGACAGCGAGAGCAACGGUUAUUUAAUAAAAUUAAAACAAACUGCCGCUCCUGCAACCCUCAUACCCCUCUCAGAGGAUAAUAAAGAGCUUAAACGUCUUAUUGAAGAUAAUUAUUUGUAUUACAAACGACAGGCGGGUCAAUUGCAAAAGGCCAGUGAUAACCAACAACAGCAGCAACAACAACAACACGAACACAACAAAGAAUUCUUUUCGGGCAAUAAAUAUCCAGCCUUGAGUGAGACUGAUUUUAUACGCAUGAAAAAUGGUGAAAAUCGCCAACGGAGCCAGGCAGCUGGCUCAGGGGCAAAGAAACCCUUUGUCGCCAGUGACUCAGAGUUCCUUAAAAAUUACGACGAUGUGAAGGUGAAAAAGACAAAACAUUUGGAUUCCCUCAAGGAGGGUUCCGUGCAGUCCACCCCCAAAGAGGUUAGCAGUAAGGGAUUUAAUUUAAAAUCUCUGCUCGCGAAAACCAAACGUUCCAGCACGGAAUGUUUUUCGCUGGAAAAGAAACGGCAUCAAGCCAAUUCCGAAGAGAUUAAAUCAAGUCGUUCCCAACUCUUCAAAAGAUCGCGGAAUCGUAAACUCUCCCACAGCUAUAAUGGUGGACUCAAGGAGAGGAAACGUGAUAUGCGUUCCCGCCAACACAGUGACACAGAUUCGGAUGUCUAUUUGCCGAGGCUUUUCGGUGAUAGCAUCGAUUCCACCAGCCGUUACAAUACCCCAGAUAUUCUGCUCGACAUAAAUGUUCUCAAUGAACAAUCAGAGCAAAUGGAUGAACCACAAGCAAGAGAGCAGGACUCGAACAAUAGACAUUCUCCGCCAACUCAUUUCCAGCUGAUCGAUUUGGGUGCAAAUACCGUGCAAGAAGUUGGACCUGAUGAUUUAUCGUUCCUCAAGGACAUAACCUCCAAUGAUUCCCCAUUGUUGCCCUCUACCCCACCACCUUCGCUAUCACCCUCCUCCCUAAUGGAUGCCUCUAUACCGGAGGCCUUUAAGUCCGAUAACAAUUCCACCAUACCCGAAAAAUCACAAAGUUCACAAAAAUCCAGUUCCGAGCUGGUGGAAUUAUUUCGUUCUCUGAGUUUCCCAUCCACCGAACAGUCUUUUCACAAAGAAUCACCCGACAAAUCCCAGAAAUCUACAGAUGCCAGUCACACCUUACGUAAAGAGUCCAUUAAGCAGCGUAUGAGCACCCUAAGCGAUCAGAUUUUGGUGAACAAAAACAGCAGUAAUUUCCUAAUGUCACCACCCAUAACUCCAAACUUUAAUUCCGCCAUAAAUCUGCCGGUUAGUCGGAGUCCCAACACCCUGGGCCAAUCACCAUUUUCGGCAACACCUAGCCUUGUGGGAGGCAAUAGCAUAAAUGUAUAUUUUCUUUCACCACCACCCACCGCCACGGCUACCCAGCCCAUGUUUCCCCUAAGCAGUUCACCAACAACAACAAAUCAUCAUCAGCAUUUUGUUAUUAGUGACACAUCCACCGUGUCCCUGGAUGUUUUUACCACACUGGCUGCAUCACCAACCACCAAUGCCCCCAUCACCCAGCAACAGCAACAACUUGAACCCACAUUACAACCAACGAACAUUUCACCCAAACCGGAAAUUAUUUUAGAUUCCACCCUAACGCCGGCCACCUCAAUGCAACAACAUCGACGUGGUUCCGCCGGCAAUGGCCUUAGCGGCAGUGGCGGUUCUUUAACAGGAGAGGAGAAAGACUUAGCAUCACCUUUAUAUCAACGUCCUGACAGUGAACCGGAAACAACACUCACGACUACCUCUGUUAGUGGUGGUGGACGCAAACGUAGCUCGCUACUGACCGGUUAUGAGGGUAUCCAGACGGUGCGCAAACGUCAAGCCUCCGUGGUCACCUAUGAUGUUAAUGUCAUUAACUUUUCGCAGGACAAUAGCGAUAGUCGAAGUUAUAUACCCAUGGGACGGGUAUCGACGAGUUCGGCAAAGAUAAAACGCGAAUUCGAUCCAGAUUUCUCAAGUAAAUCCUCAUUGAAAAGACGCGGUGGCAUUUGCAUUUUUGUCGACGAGGAAGAAGUCGAACAAAUGCUUGACCACAAUGUGGCCACACAACAUCACCACAAUGGUGUCGACGGUAGUGCCGGUGGUCGUGGUCGCGGUGGUGAUGACGGCAGCGGCGGCGGUGUCACCAAGUGUCUUACAUUCAGUGUCAAUAGUAUGACCCGGGGUAGUGGUGAGCGUAGCAAAUGUCUCUAUUGUGGAGCUGCUUUAAAAGCUCAACAUCAAGCGGAUAAUAGUAGUAAGCGAAACGAUAAGCAAACACGUCACAAAACAAAGACAAUGGCACAGAGGUUAAGAAGCUUCGGCUGGCAUAGAAAUCGGUGGUUGUACAAACACAGAAAGCAACGCCCGGCCGGAUGUCAGUGUGGGGCAAAUGGUGGUUCUGUGAGACCGACAAAAGGUUGGAAGGCCGAACAUAAGGCGGCACGUACACUCGGUAUUAUCAUGGGUGUAUUUCUACUGUGUUGGUUGCCAUUUUUUCUCUGGUACGUGAUAACAUCCCUGUGUGGUCCAGCGUGUCCUUGCCCCGAUGUUGUUGUGGCCGUACUCUUUUGGAUUGGCUAUUUUAAUUCGACGCUUAAUCCGCUCAUUUAUGCUUAUUUUAAUCGUGAUUUUCGAGAAGCAUUUCGCAAUACCCUCGAAUGUGUGCUACCUUGCCUGGAGAAACGUAAUCCCUACAAUGCUUAUUAUGUUUAG